AUGACUGAUUACCAAAAGAGAAAAUACGAUAUUAUCAUUUUUGGUGCUACUGGUUAUACGGGUGAACUUACUGCAGAAUAUCUCGCUGAAAGACUCGAUAAAUCUAUAAACUGGGCUAUAGCAGGUCGUAGUCUUGUCAAAUUGGAAAAAGUACGUGAUCACUUGGUUGAAACAGAUCCUUCAUUACAAAAAAUCGACUUGCUCAUUGCAGACACCCAACAACCUGAAACCCUUGACAAUGUUGUAUCUCAAACACGAGUGGCAAUAAGCACAGUUGGGCCCUACAUCAAGUAUGGUACGCCACUGGUCGAAGCCUGUAUUCGCCAAAAGACCCAUUAUGUCGACAUUACAGGAGAGUAUUCUUGGGUAAAACAGAUUAUUGAUCAAUUUGAUGAAAAGGCAAAACAGGAAAAGAUCAUGAUUGUUCCCUGCUGUGGAUUUGAUUCUGUGCCAAGUGAUCUGGGUGUCUGGAUGUUGGCAAACCACAUUCAUUCAAAGCAUAACUUGAACUUGGGCACUGUCAAGGCCUCCAUGACCAAACUUGCCGGAGGUGUUUCGGGCGGAACGAUUCAUUCUUUUAUUGAGGCUGCUACCCAAAGGAUGGAGGGACACGGUGAUCCUUAUUUGCUGGCUACUCGAAAGGGUAUUGAUAAACCCGCGUUACCGACGCUCUACAAAGAUCGUGAUUUUGAUAACAAGUGGCAGACCUUCUUUUUCAUGUCUGUUACCAACGAAAAAGUAGUUCGAAGAAGUUGGUCUAUCUGGGCCGAUCGUGGACAGGCAUAUGGAAACAUGUUUAGUUACAGGGAAUACAUGAGUCUUAGCUUCAUCCCCGCCGUUUUGUUCACUUGCUUCCUCUACACCAUUGUUCCGGUGGCUGUUCUUUUGAUCAGAGCACCAAUUAUUGGUGAAAAGGUAAAGGCGCUCUUGCCUGGGCCUGGCUAUGGCCCUAGAGGAGAGACAAGGAAGUUAGGUCACUUUGAGCUCCAGCUUGUUGGAUCUGCUGAAUCAGAGCCUUAUGAAGACUCUGUGCGCGCCAAGGCUAUUGUCAAAGGCUUCAGCGACCCUGGUUACGGUGAUACUCCACGCAUGUUAGUAGAGGCUGCCCUUUGUAUUACCAAGAGCUUCAAUGAACUACCUGGCAAAGACGGUGGUGUUUUGACACCUUCAACUGCCUUUGGUCAAACCCUCAUAGAACGCUUGAGAAAGGACGAUGCUAUGGUUUUCCAAGUCGAUGAUUUGAAGGAUUAA